AUGGUCACCGGCGUCGAAACAGCUGGACUCAUCCUGGGAUCGCUUCCAUUGAUCAUUUCGGCUUUGGAACACUAUGCCGAAGGUGUUGGGACGAUCGAGAAAUGGUGGAGAUACAAGCGGGAGCUUGCAAGCCUAAAGAGAGUUCUUGGUGCUGAGUAUGAUAGGUUCUUGAACACCUUAGAAGAAUUACUUGUUGGCCUUGUUCCGGAUACUGCACUUGCCGACAUGUUGAAAAUGCCUGGAGGCCCAGGUUGGGCAGACGCGGAAUUGAGUCGUAAACUUCAAAACAGGCUGCGCAAUUCUUAUAGGUCGUAUGUCGAGACUAUCAAUGAUUUCAACGAGGUCGUUACAGACCUCAAAUCAAAGUUGGAGUUAGAUCCAGACGGCAAGGUAUGUCAACGUACUUCUCCCUGGAGCGUUGCUCACGCUAGCCCGCAGCCAAGAUGGACCGAUUCUAGAACGUACAAACGAGAAUACAAGCGUAUAAAGUUCAGUCUCUCCAAGUCUGCCUACGAGGACUUGAUGCGGAGGGUUGAUAAGGACAAUGGAAUCCUGGCGAAUCUGACACAUCAGUCUCUGCGGCUUGAGCCGGUGCGCCAACGACGAAUGACACGAGGGGUUGCCGAAUUCGAUCGAAUACGCUCACAAGCAGAGAGUUUAUAUCGAGGGCUGAAGAAGAACUUGUGUUGUACCUGCCAAACUCCGCAUCAUGCCAAUUUGCGUCUGGAAGCACGAACGUCACCGAACAGGGAGGGCGAUGUUGGCAAAUUACGCUUUCGAAUGAUUUUUAGCUAUGAUGGUUUCAACACAUCAGAAAGUCAGGCGUGGAAAUUGCGAGAGGCGGAUAUCGAGGCUUUGGAGAUAAUAGAACAGCCUAAACCCUUGAGAAAGGAGCAACCGUCACCAACACCGUUGCCCAAGGCCAAAAAGGGGCUCGCAUUGACUCUUGCAGCAAGCGUGCUUCAGCUGCGUCAAACUCCAUGGCUAGAUGAGCGCUGGUCCACGAGUGACAUUCUAUUUAUUUCAGGGACUAAAAGCCCUUAUAUUUCGCGAACAUUCAAAGUUCUUGAUCCCGAAACCAAAGAUGAAAGCAUCAAACACUUUUCCGUUAUACAAAACGAGACUAUAUUCUCUCUCGGCGUGUCGCUGAUCGAGCUUUGCUUUGGCUCGUCGCUUGAAGCACUUCGUGAGGAAGAAGAUGUCAGUCUAAAUCCUCAGCUUACAGCUUACAUGACUGCUCGUCGUCUACUGAGUCAAGUCUACGAAGAGAGUGGAAACAGAUAUGGAGAUGCUGUGCGAAGGUGUGUAAAUUGCGAAUUUGACCAUAGGAAGCCAAGUCUUGAAGUCGAGACGUUCAGGGAUAAGUUUUUUAGUGGGGUAGUUGUACCCCUCGAAGAAGACUGGACGGAUUUCAGUAGUACUAUAGGAGGUAGGUCCUAUGAUAAUUUAGUAUAA